AUGGCAGAUGAUUCUCUGGAGCCAGGAUCAGUCCAGGAGCCUGGUAGUCAUCUCCCCGCCAGCACCCCGUCGACCGACCCGACUAAACCCAAGCACGAUUUCCCCCAGUCGCAAGUCGGAAAGUUAUGGGAAGCCUUCGGCAACCCGGAGGAACCGCUCAAUGCACUCGCGAAUGCAUCUUAUAAACCCCCUGGCAAGAGCUCCAAGGAUGUCUCCUACUCAGAGGUGAUCGGCACUUUCUCAGCCUCCGAGCUCACAACGUUCCACAAGGCCCCAUGCGCGCGAGAAUCAUUAUUGACUGGAAUCGGCGCCGGGUUUGGAAUUGGAGGUAUUCGAGGCGUAUUUGGAGGUACGCGCUCGUUAUGGUCUGCCGGAAAUUGGGCCGUCGGAAUAUUCGCCAUUGUCUCUCUAGCAUCGUACGAGUUCUGUCGAAGGCGCCGAAUUGAAGAAUUGCAUGGCAUGAAACAAGCAGUCGACCUUAUGAAACAACUGAAAGACAAGAAACAACAAGACAAGGAGAGGGCCGCAGAGGAAGCAGCCAAGCGCGCCGAGGAGGAAAAGCGCAAGAAGAGCUGGACAAACCUGGCCAACUACAAGUUCUGGUAG